AAGUGAUGGAAUCAAGUGUUGUCAACUUGACUAUAUUAGGCAUAUUCUAGCACUGUUCUACUGGACUACUGGAUAUAGUAAUUUAAUAAGUCCAAUAUGGUUCAGUCUAGUGCCUUUAGCCACUAGACACAGUAAAAGUGUCAACACUAGAUGGAAU